CGUUAUGUAGGGCAAUAAACAGCAGUAUCAGCCUUCACGUUCUGAAAGAAGGGACAUUGCGUUUUUGUCAUAUGACUUGAGCUCCAUAUUAUUUACUUGAGAUUAACGAUUCGCAUCGUGUUCAGCACUGACACAGUACUACCAAUGGCAUCCGGUUGGACUGAGGAUCCAUAUCCGCGUCAGCAGUCGCAUUAUGAGCUGCUGUCGUACACGGAUUUCGAUCGGUACGAGCCGCACACGGAGAAAGGGCUGACAAUCCUCCGCAGGAAAGUGGGUUAUGCCUUCUUCGGUCCACCGACAAAGUGGCCAGACCUCAGAAACGGCUACACCGGAUACAGCGGGAACCGACUCGAGACGGUCAAAGCCGUAGCUAGUUGCUUAAUAGAGCUGAACGGGAAGAAGACAUCUGGAAACAGAGAUCAACUGGAUAUGGCCUUUGUCUUCGUCUUUGUAGACUACAGAGACGAGGUACUGCAGUUCCCCGUCUUCCGAGUGCGGAUGUCAGAAUCGGAGUGCAAUUUCGUCGACGCCAACUGCCGUGUGUACUCUACGUGGAACAAUUUUCUGGAAACUAAUGAGCUGCCCCCGGGAAGGUGCUGCUGGCCACUCAACGGCGUCUACUGCGGCGACGCGCAGGGCAAUGUACAAGUGGAGUGGGGCGUCACACCUGGAACAACUAAUGAAAUACAGGUCCGGUUGCCAGAACUGGAAACGGUGGACGUUGUAAGUGCGGUGUCCGCCAUUGGAACUUCGGCCCUCUGCGUGGCGGCGAUGGUGGCGCCAGUCUCGGCGCCAGUGAUGGCGGUGGCUGUCGCAGCCGCUGCCGUGUCAGGGCUAUACUCUGCGAUACGGAGCGGGCGGACGCCUGUCGACAGCCAUUGGCACAAGCCGGUCUCCAGCUUGCUGCGCGAUCAGCAGCUAACCUACAAUGGACUCAACGUCACGGCCACAGGUGUCCGCUUCGGCUUUCGUUCUGUGCCGGGUGUCUUCCCGUUCGCCUCGUCAGUCCUCUUCUUCAUGCACGCAUCAAUAAACUUCAGGACGGCCGUAAGUAUAAUGCAGGAGGUGCGGCAAGGGGUGCUACAAGAUUACCAAGAGGCCCUCAGAAGCAAUGAGAACAGAAAAGAGUUUCGGAAAUUAGUCAGAGAUGCCGUAGCUGCGAGCGAGUCUGUGGUAAACGAGAGAUCAAAUGUCAUCAGGAACGUCAGAAACGUAGAGAACAAGGAGGACUUUUUCGCCGGAAUGGUCAGAACGAGAAGAGAUCUCCGAGAUUACACAGUCAUCUUCUUAGAAAAUGGGAAUAUUAUUGUCAAUGAAAGGGCAGAGAUCGAUUCGGUGGAAUCCUAUAACCUACGAGGUCAACAGAGUCAAGAAUUGCUAACAAUGGCGAGACAAGCAGUCCAGGGUACUAUUUCCGAAGUGACACUCAUUUCCCGUCUCCAGAAGGCCGCGCGCACCGGUAGCUGGGUCUCCAGUGGCAGCCCAGCGUUCGAAGCAAGCGACCGGUCGACGGUGGCCGUUACUGCCCUAACUGGUCAGCUACAGCAGUUCUUCCCGGAAAUUCGCGUUGGCAACAUUGAAGUCAUGUUGGUAGUGAUGGUGGUGGACGAACUCACCAUACGAAUAUACGACGACAGCCGUAGGAAUUUCGUGCGAUUGUGGAAAUUGAUCUGGAAGCAUGUCAUUAACCUUACGGGUCAGAAGAUAAAAGCUUAUGAAGAACGUAAACGGAUUGCGCAAAAAGUUGGAGAUUUCUUGGACGACCGCAAUUUUAACCGUCAGCAAGGUAUAAAUAUGACAAACAUAUUUGUUCAUUACGUAAUCAAUGUGUUUAAGCGCUACAGUGACCAUAUUAACGAUUUAAUACGAGACGUAACCAACAGAGAGAGCAGUGACGAUUAGCACAGUUUCGAUAGAGUUAAAUAAGAUGAAUAGGAUAUUGCUUUGGAUCGCUUGCAAUGUGAGUAAC